AUGCGUGUAUUUCGUCAAACUGGAUUUGCUGGGGGUCUUUUCAGUCCAGAGGAACAAAUCUCAACGAACAUCAAGGAUAAAGAAAGCAAAGUUAACUAUUUGAAUAAAAUUAUUAACUGUGUUGGCAUUACACUUAAUGCUCAUGUCCCUGCCCGCCCAUUUAAGAUAGUUUCAGGAUUGGAGCCAGAACAAACAAAUACUUUCCUUCAGAUGUUGGCAGCAGCUACUACAGUUGAUAGUCCAACCAAACAAAGAGCUGUGAGCAAGGUGUUGGUUGGAGAAAAAAUGCCCUCACUUGAACAAGGAACAAUGGAAUGGACUCACUUGUACUUUCUUAUGUCAGGAUGUGUGCUACCUGACAUGAAAGAAAGAGGAGAAUCAACAUAUCGCAAUGCAGAGGAGACUAUGGCAGCUAAUAUUUUAGGCAUUACUUCUCCAACUAACACAAUCAAGAAUGAGGAGGAGGAGGAGAUAGAUAGAAACUACAUUCAAAAGCUUCAUCUUAUUGAGGAUUUGCAUCCUUCUUCUUCUCAACUACCAAUAUUUGAAAUUGGGAGAAACUCAAGAGGGGCAAAGACACCAACCAACUUGAAAAGAAUGCUCAAUGAAGACACAGAAAACAGAGUUUUUGAGCCAUUAAUUACACUGACAUCAAAAGAUCAAGAUUGGCCACCACUUGUGCAGUCACUCCCUGAAACAAGCAUAAAAAGCUGUGACACACUUUAUCCAAACAUGUUGGACACACAUCCUUCAACAAUUCAAAAUGAAUCUGUGCUACCAACCAAACAACACAUGACAAUGGUUUCUGCCAGGCCUCAAUCUGCUCGCAAAGGGCCACCCAAGAUUCACAGUAUUGUUGUGAAUAAUGAGAAGGCUCCACCUAAGCCAAUAGCAACUUCUUUAGACAUGACUUCAUCAUUGAUGAGUGGAGGUGAAAAUGAAAAGGAAGUUUCUUGCACAAGACAACCAAGCAUUUUUCUUGACCACAAAACACUAAAAGAUGAUGAAUCUGAUGCUUUGCAUGUGGUGGCUGCAUCAGUUGACCAUGGAAAACUUACUCAAAGCAAUGCAAAAUUGAGAGGAGUUUUAGAAAAUAUAGUUGAAAUUGAGUCACCUGAAGAACAAGACCUGAUAUUGGGGGCUAGUAAUGAGGUUGCAGAGUUUGAGCAGGAAGAGAUUCAGAAGCUACAAAAGCUGGUUCAGGUUCUAUGUCAAGCCACCAAUCCACUUGGAAAAAUAAUGGACUACCUCCAGGAGGAUGAGGAAGUCAUGAACAAAGAACACCAGUUUUGGAUCAAAGAGCAUGACACUUACAAGUCCUGUCUAGAUGAGGAAAAGAGAAUCACAGAUGAGAUGCUCCAAGUUGAGAUUGGCCACAUUCAUGAAUUGGAGGAAGAAAUUAUUUACAAUCGUCUCAUGAUAAUCUCUGCAAAAGCUCAGAUACAAAGGAACAAUGAUACAACUAUGGCUUUAUUGUGCAUGGUAACUAGUCAUCAACCAAAAGGAUAGCAAAUCUUGGAAGACUUGGGUUGUGAAGGCAUCCCCAACAAGCUGAUUUCAACAACAAAUCUUGUAGGUGGAUGUAUUUGCACUGAAAUAUCCUCUUAUGAGCCAUGCUUCUAGUGAAGAGGGAUUUCAUAAAUUUUAGAAUCCAAUGAAUAUUUUCUUAGGGCAUGAUGUAUGCACAUUGCCAUCAAAUCUGAAGAUUGACGAUUCCUUACUAGGCAUGCUCCAUAAACUUCAUGUGGGUUGUUCUUGAAAAUAUUUUUGAGAAACAAAAAAAUUUAUCCUCUUCUUCAAGUAUGUUACAAAUCACCUAUGAUUUUAUCAAGGAGGUUUACAAGACAUUUCUUUCCUAUGUUUUGUGUAAUUUUCUUUAUUUCAUUUACAUGCAUACAAACACUAACAUUCUAAUGAUCUUGAAAGUUGUAAUUUAGCAUGCAUAUACCAUAUCUUUUCAAUCCUUUUCUGCACACCCUACAACUGGUGCCAUGCUAGAAUAAUCUUAAACACACUGGAAAUUUGAUUUUGGAAGAUUUGUUUAGCUUUUGAUUAGAAGUAUCAUGUCAUAAA